AUGCCUCCAAAAGCUGCACAAGCAUCCUCGACCACAGCGUUUGGCUCUUUUCAGUCUCUGUUCAAAGCCUACAACGAUAACACUUCAAACCGCCUCAAAUUCAUCGAUGUAUUCCUUUUGUUCCUGAUGCUCUCUGGCAUCAUUCAGUUUGCAUAUUGCAUCCUCGUCACCAACUUUCCUUACAAUGCAUUCUUGGCCGGAUUCUCUAGCACCGUCGGACAAUUUGUCUUGGCAGCGUCAUUGCGCUCGCAGGUUAACCCAGAUAACAAGGACGAGUUUAAAGACGUAUCGCCAGAGCGGGCAUUCGCUGACUUUGCUUUGGGAUCAAUAGUAUUACACUUCUUUGUGUACAACUUCCUGGGAUAA